AUGCGCCCUGGUCUCUUUCUUCUGGUGUUCCUCUUGAUUUCCUGGGUAGGGUCUACCGCCCCCCCGGUUGAAGCCGCCGUGCAGUCUUUUCGGCUCCAGCGUCGGCUAGGGGUAGAAGGGGAGUGGAAGGACAUCGCGAACUUCACGCUGAAGCAGUUCACCCCGCAGUCCCCGGUCCAGCUCAAGCACUCGCAGGCCGGCAAGCCCAGCGUGCUCCUUUCCGAGCCGGAGAAGCAGGCCCUGGCCCAUGUCAAUUUGGUUUACUACCGCGCCUUCCACCAGCCCGCCCCCUCCGACCCUGUUCCAACAAGGGAAAGGGACCCGGUGGUGGUGGUGGUCUCCCCGUGCACCCUCAUCCGUGGAUUUUUCGCGCAGGAUAGCUCGACGGUGGUGCUCUACGAGCGCAUAUUUGUCGUCCCGGGCCCCAACGCCUCCCUCGACGGCCUGCAGAUCUCUAGCGAGGCUAACCUCUAUCACGCAAAGCUGCGCAACGGCGAUGAGUGCGACCUCCACGUCGUCGAGAAACUCUUUCCGAUGGUGCGAACCCAGGUCGAGCUCAACCUCGCGAACACUGAAAUGGAUAUCAAGGUUCUAUACGAGGAUGACAAUCAAUCUCAACCCCCGACGAAUGCUAAAAAAGGAAAGGGCAAAACAGUAACCAAGCGCGUGCAGAAUGAGAAUAAUGAGUGGGAGGAGAAGGAGGUUGUUGAGGAGGAGCAGACCUUCUUGCAGAAGUAUUGGAUAUACAUCGCGGUCUUUGUUGGCAUUUCUAUCAUGAAAAAUUUUAUGGCCUAA